CGAGGCGCCUUUAGGCAUCAUCAUUCAUCAAGCAUCACCGACCCCGCAAACCAUCUACACCCACAGACCCAUCAUGGCAGACAACAACAAGGAUAACCCACAACGAGACACAAAUCGCCCGGAAGACAAUCCCUUCAUCGCAUUUCGUCGUUAUGCCGAUUCACAAGUCUCAUCGCUGCUGAACACCGUCUUCACGCUUCCCGCCCAGAUCGCGAACUACAACAACGCCCAUCACGCACGGGAGCAAUGUCUCUUUGGCAAAGCAGAUCCUCAGAAAUGCAAGGAGCUGCAGACUCUGGAUGCGCAUACGGAGAAGCUGCGUCGCGAGGGUACGGAGUCGUAUCGGACUGGCGAUGUGCAGGCGGUGUUGGAGAAAAGCGAACAGCUCAUGAUGAUGGAACAGCAGGCCGGUGAGCUCAGGAGAGCUAUUCUGAGUGAAACAGAGGAUUCGAGGUGUAGUGCCCAACAGCAACGAAAGCUUGUGGAGACAGUAGGCAACAGGAAGGGUCAAGAGUGGUCGGCUAGUUGGGAUUGGCCCGAAGCCACCCGUGAUGAGGAUCAAGAUGAUACAGACUUUGGAAGAUGGCUGGAGAGUCGUGCACGGAGGGCUGGCGGUGAGAUUGAGCGCAUGCUUAUGAGAUUGGAAGAAGAUGCCAGUAAGGUCUUCGGCGAGGAAAUAGAGGAGCUGCGCAGACACUGGGCCGCCCGGUAUGACGGUGUGGGUAAGGCCGAAGACGAACAACCUCGAGAAUGCUCACAGUCUUGGUUGUGGCAGUGGCCGCCACCUGCUGACGCAUCGAACCAGAGCAGCACAAAGACAUCAAAUGAUCCAUACUCCCCAGCAGCACUCGAAGCAGACAAGCGAACGAGACAUAUGGGCAGUUUGUGGCGCAACGCUUUCGAGGAUCUCAUGCGCACAACGCAGGAGCAUCCGUUGCUGUCGGACACGCAGAACUCGCAUUUCGACCAGAUGGGGCUCUAUUCCUUGCGGGAUUAUGAGAAACAAUUGAUGCAGCUGGAACAAGAUCAUAAACGGAAGCUACUCGCUGAACGCCAAGAGCUCGCACGAAACGAUACUGGUGACGAGCCGAGCUACGAGUAUGCACAUGACCACGAAGAUCAGCAUGAUGAUCCGCCAACUCCAAAACCUCAUCAGACUGAAUUUCCCAAAAGCCAGUUACCAUUCUCAGAGUCGUCAUCGAGUGUGGAGACUGAGCUUGAUGCCUACGAGCGACUUCUCACGCCACCAAAACCUUUGUCCUCGCCUCCCGAAAGUCAGUCAAAGAUACUCUCGACCCUGACAACGACGGAGCGCACGACUGCACCUGAUGGAACCAUCACCACAAAAGUUGUCCUGAAGAAGCGAUUUGUAGAUGGCAGCGGGCAGAGCUCCGAGACAGUUCAUACACAACGCGGCGAAAACAUCCACCAGAGUGAGGAUUCAGUGAAAGCGAUGCAGCAGUCUCCAAGUCUCACAAGCCAGGGAGACCAGAAGAAAGGAGGGUGGUUCUGGUCAAGCUGAACUUGACCAUACAUACGUAAGUACAGACUCUCUGGAAAGAGAGUUGAGCUGCGCGCAGAGAUGUUUGCUGUUGUUGCAUUAGCUCUUGUUAGUUUCGGCGUUCAUUAGCGACAUACCCCUCUCAAUGAAACCUUUCUCCCACCUUCGUUAUGCGUUUGGUUGUCUUUCGUAACGAGCUGAGUCGCUCCCAAGCAAUUUGUCCCUCUAAGAACGACCCAGA